AUGUCACAUCUGGUGGGACUCUUUGAUGCUCCUCUCCUCUUCGAUGUAACUCUACAACAUCCACCUUCCACCUUCACCUUCCACCUUGACUUCAGGUUGCGGUCAGACGGCAACUCUGUCAGAAGCACAGUCAACGAGUCCGCAAUUGCUGUCCCGCAGGGCGAAGCUCGCUUUGUCUCAGUGGCCCUGAUGGUGAUUGGGUGGAUGGUAGACACCGGCGUGGGCGGUCCGUGUCUCGCGUGCCCGUUUGCGUCUGGUCGGAAGCAGGCCGAAAAGUACAUUCACGCAAGGUCCUGUGCUCUGAGUGAUCUUCGCCAGCCGAGAGGACAGAUGGAGUUAGGUACCCACGUGAAUGCCACCUUCCUGGGUAAUGAUCCAAUCAGCGCAAAGCGAAUCUUCACCGUGACGGAGGCGACCAAACUGCAGGCUGUGCCCUUGACACCAAUACCGACGCCUCAAUCGGAAUGA